AAAUUAAUCGUUUGAGGGGCAUAAAUUGAACAAACGUGCUCUUCAGGUGGAUCUAACUCUGGGGAUUCUAUUACUUCUGAUAAGAGAGAGGCAAUAUACAGGCGAGAGAGUCACCCCCGACUCUCCUUGUAGAAAAGGGCAAACAUCCAAAAGAACCUAGAGGAAAGCAGAAAAAAUGGGCACCUCUACUUCCUGAAAGGAAGACCCACAGCAAGCUGUCACCUGGCAAAAUGGGCUUCCAAGCACUACCAUCAUCCUCUUUUCUCUCGCCCUUAAUCUGCCAUAUUUAUUCCAAUUCGUCUUCCUCUCAAUUAUCAUCUCUGAGACCCUUCCUACUCCCUCUUAAGCAUGUCAACUCUUUUAAGCCACACAUUCCUUGUCUCAAUUCUGCCAAAUUCCUCAAGGCAAGGACCCGAGCUACCCUUGAUGAGAAGGAGAAGGAGCCAUUCAUUGUCCAAGAGCAGGAGCCAAGCAGAGAAGUUGAGGAGAGCGUCAAAAUUUUGAAAAAUGCAGCCAAAACGAGGAAAGUCCCUGCUGAGGAAGUUCUGUCAGCUUUUUCUGUUAUUGAAAAGGCCAAACUCAACCCCUCAGGGUUUCUUGAAACUCUUGGUGGAUCGGAUUCCCCUGGCAGAACCUGGAUGCUCAUUUUUACUGCUGAGAAACAACUGAAGGGCGGCCGCUACUUCCCUCUUACAGCUGUUCAGAGGUUCGAUGCUGCGGCAAAGAGGAUUGAGAAUGGAGUAUUUCUAGGACCAAUUGGGUUCUUAACCUUUGAAGGAAAAUUUUCAUGGAAGAACAGAAUAUUGUCCUUCAUCUUUGAGAAAAUCCGAGUCAAAAUUGGACCUUUUAACCCUUUAGAGAUCAGUCUUGGCCAGAAAGAAGAUAGAGAACCAAGCACGAAGGACCCCUUCUUUAUCUGGUUUUAUAUUGAUGAAGAAAUAGCAGUUGCUCGAGGCAGAAGCGGAGGAACAGCAUUUUGGUGCCGGUGUCAUCGUGUUACUACAUAAUACUUCUUUGAAAUCUCUGAAUUAUACACCAAAUUGUGUUCCUAGUAGAAUGAUAAAAAUAUUCCACUCUGUACUUAACUAGAUCUCCAACUAUUCCAAAUGUAAUAUAUCUCUAAAGUCCCUGUCUCAGAUGAGUUGAUUUUGAAAA